GCCAUCAGCUUGAUCGAUCUUCAUCUUCUUCUUCGGUGUAGCAGCUCAGGUUACUUAGUGACAAAGUGUUGCGCAAGGCCAAAAAGGCAUCGAGUGCAAUGGGUGUAUGGACUCCUCGGGAAGGGUCGAAUUACCCGCUGCAUUUGAAGACGCGGACAUAGAUAACAUUGCUUUGCUGAUAGCUGAUAUGCUUGAACGACUGAUCGCUCAUAAUGACCGAAUACCUUUACUUCCAGAGAGUCUCACACGGUUCCACUCGAGAGCAGCUCCAUCCAUCAGCGUAUUGGACUACCUCAGGCGUAUUGUCAGGUUCGCUAAAGUGGAGAAAAUAUGCCUACUACUUACACUCCACUAUGUCGAUCAAAUAUGCGCCCGUAUGCCUCUCUUCACACUUUCCUCUCUCACCUGCCAUCGAUUUAUCAUCGCAUCCAUCGCCGUAUCCAGCAAAGGCUUUUGUGACGUAUUCUGCACCAACAGCCACUACGCUCGUGUUGGCGGCAUAUCAUUAGCCGAACUCAACGUUCUCGAGCGAGAAUUUCUUCACGCCAUAGAAUGGCGAUUAACGUGCACAUGCGAGGUUCUGCAGGAAUACUAUAUCAAUCUCGUACGGACGCACAGUACAGGCAAUUUUGUAAUUGUCGAUGCGCACUCCUCCAGUAGCAUCUCGUCGGAUAGCGACGUUGAUAGUGGAGCUUCACGUCCAGCAUCACCGAUGGUUGUCGAAACCCAAACGUCUCACCGGCAAACUUCCACUAUUCUCAUCGACACCGCAACCUUGUCUCCACAAGCCUCCCAAGGUCCUACCAUCGAGCAGAAUAUGGCAUUUGCAGCUUUGCAGCAGUCCUUGGAGAAGGCUCCAAGACAACGUGGAAAUCAAUAACUAGCUUUCACCGUGAUUUUUUUUGGUCCUAUGUUUCUGAUUUCAUCAUCUGUCAGUAAUAUUAAAUUCUAGAAUGAAGGACAAACUGGACAACCUUAUAUCUAUGAUAUUCGUGACGUGUUAUUUAAAAGCGGGAUGCCUUGGAAGAAUGGUCAUCAGGGUAACAAUGAUGAUUGUUAUCAAAUUGUUAUAUACCAUU